AUAGAUAAAGUUGAAAUCGCUUCUUUUUUAAUUUUAAUUGAAAAAAAAAAAAGAAAAAAGAAUCAAAGGCAGCCCUAACUCACACGAACCAUAUCAUACAUCACAGAGCUCCGCCGCACCGGCUAACUGAUUCGCCGUUCCCGAAAGCGAAAUGGACGAGAACGAAUUAAGAAACGAAGUAGUAGUGAAAGAGAAGAAGAAGAAAGGGAAACACGAUAAACCAAAGCCAUGGGACGAUGAUCCGAACAUAGACCACUGGAAAGUCGAGAAAUUCGAUCCAUCAUGGAACGAAGGUGGAAUGCUUGAAGUAAGUUCAUUCUCAACUCUCUUUCCUCAGUAUCGCGAAAAGUAUCUUCAAGAAGCUUGGCCUCUCGUUAAAUCUUCGCUCAAAGAUUUCGGUAUCUCUGCUGAACUCAAUUUGGUUGAAGGUUCGAUGACAGUUUCAACAACUAGAAAGACGAAGGAUCCUUAUAUUAUUGUUAAAGCUAGGGAUCUUAUCAGGCUUCUUUCUAGGAGUGUUCCUGCUCCUCAGGCAAUAAAAAUACUUGACGAUGAAAUGCAAUGCGACAUCAUUAAAAUUAGUGGGAUGGUUCGCAAUAAGGAGCGAUUCGUAAAAAGAAGACAGCAUCUUGUGGGUCCCAAUUCUUCUACCUUGAAGGCUCUUGAAAUACUCUCAGGCUGCUACAUUCUCGUUCAGGGAAACACAGUUUCUGUGAUGGGUUCAUUCAAAGGUUUGAAGCAAGUCAGACGGAUUGUUGAGGAAUGCAUGUUGAAUAAAAUGCACCCUGUUUACAACAUCAAGGUUCUUAUGAUGAAGAAGGAACUUGAGAAAGAUCCAGCACUCGCCGAAGAGAACUGGGAUAGGUUUCUUCCAAAGUUCAACAAGAAAAAUGUUAAGAAAAAGAAGGCUAACUCUAAACAGAAGAAGCCUUAUACACCUUUCCCUCCUCCUCAACAGCCCAGUAAGGUCGAUAUACAAUUAGAAACUGGAGAAUACUUUAUGACUGAGAAAAAGAAAUCGGCAAAGAAAUGGCAAGAGAGGCAGGAAAAGCAGGCAGAAAAAACUGCUGAAAACAAAAGAAAACGAGAAGAGGCCUUUAUCCCACCCAAGGAACAUGCAAAGCCGGUGGAUAACUCUGACGAUGCUACUAAUAAUGUAUCUGAAAUGGCAAUGUCCUUAAAGAAAAAAGCCAAGAAGUUUGGGAAGCGCAAAUCGGAAGAAAAUAUAAAUGCUGAGACAUAUAUUAUGGGGUCAUCUGAACAACCAUCAAAAAAGAAAUCUAAGCAGCAUAGGUCUUAACAUAAUCUUCAUUCUAUAGAUGGAAGGUGUGCAUGUGACGUGAAUUCCAUCCAGAAAUUUUGAUCCAAUGACUGUAAUGUAGCAUGUAUACUUCUGGUUUUCAAACGACUUAUCCCUUUCAAAACUGUUGCCAGAUACCUAUAAUAGAUCCAAUGGAUUCUUGAGUUAUGGACGAGCUAUAUUUAAUUCAUUUGCUAAAUUUGGAGCAGUAUCAAUUGGGUUAGAUAAGAAGAAAUGAACAUUUUAA